GCGGGAGGCUCCCGGGCCGUUUAAGCGGCCUCCCUCCCGCCCCCAGCCGCCUGCUCUGGCUUCGGCCCUGUGCUGACCCCCGGCGUGGCCCACUCCGGCCCUGCCCAGCUGCGCGGCUCCCGCCUGGCACGCCGGCGGCCUCGGGAGCGGCUCAAACCCAUGAGGCCCGCGCGCCCCUCCGCCGGUGCAGAAGAGACGGAGCUCCCGGCCCCCGCGGAGGAGCGGAGGAUCAAUGCGGUUCAGGAAUCGAUUCCAGCGUUUCAUGAACCAUCGGGCCCCAGCCAAUGGCCGCUACAAACCAACCUGCUACGAACAUGCUGCUAACUGCUACACACACGCACUCCUCAUUGUUCCGGCCAUCGUGGGCAGCGCCCUCCUCCACCGGCUGUCUGAUGACUGCUGGGAAAAGAUAACGGCGUGGAUUUACGGGAUGGGCCUCUGUGCCCUCUUCAUCGUGUCCACGGUCUUUCACAUAGUGUCCUGGAAAAAGAGCCACUUAAGGACAGUGGAACAUUGUUUCCACAUGUGCGAUCGGAUGGUCAUCUAUUUCUUCAUUGCUGCUUCCUACACUCCAUGGUUAAACCUCCGUGAACUUGGACCCCUGGCAUCUCAUAUGCGUUGGUUUAUCUGGCUCAUGGCAGCUGGAGGAACCAUUUAUGUAUUUCUCUACCAUGAAAAGUAUAAAGUGGUUGAGCUUUUCUUCUAUCUCACAAUGGGAUUUUCUCCAGCCUUGGUGGUGACAUCAAUGACUAACACAGACGGUCUUCAAGAGCUCGCCUGCGGGGGUUUGAUUUACUGCUUGGGCGUUGUGUUCUUCAAGAGCGAUGGCAUCAUUCCAUUUGCCCAUGCCAUCUGGCACCUGUUUGUGGCCACAGCAGCUGCCGUGCACUACUAUGCCAUUUGGAAGUACCUUUACCGAAGUCCCGCGGACUUUAUUCGACAUUUAUGACAAGUCUGUGCUAGGUCGUCCGAUCAGUAUUAUCUCUGUUGAGGCACUUGGGUCGGGGUAAGAGCUGAAUGUUGCACAGGGAAGAAGAAGAAGCAACUUGCACUGACUUGGUUUAAUGUUUUUGGACUCUAAUUACUGUGAAAGUAUAAAA